GUGAAAAUUUUCCCUGUGAUAUCUAUAAAGGUAUUACAUUUUGGUGGCUUGUUGAACAUCACAUGUGCAUCCAUGGCACUUCUCAACUAAAGCGCCGAAUCUUACAAACGAUCAAGGAAAAGAAAAGAUUGGAAACCAAAAUGGAACUCAACAGAAUGCAUUCCCAUCUCUGUUUUCUUCUCAUUGUCUUUUCUUCUGUUCCUUUGCUCGUCGAGAGCUUCAACGAAGAAGCGGUGGUAGAAGACGUUAAAAGAUCGAACUUCCCCGAUGGUUUCUUCUUUGGAACAUCCACAUCUUCGUAUCAAAUUGAAGGAGCGUAUCUUCAAGAUGGUAAGAGUCUCAGCAACUGGGAUGUUUUUACUCAUACUCCAGGGGCUGAAAUUGAUGGAGCAAAUGGAGAUGUUGCCAACAAUCAUUACAAUUACUACUUGGAAGACAUUGAGACGAUGAAUUCUUUGGGGGUCAAUGCGUACAGAUUUUCAAUCUCAUGGGCCAGAGUUCUACCUAGAGGAAGAUUUGGUGAAGUAAACCCGAGAGGUGUCCUGUUCUAUAACGAUAUCAUGGACAAUCUUUUGCUCAGAGGAAUUGAGCCAUUUGUGACAAUAAACCACAGCGACUUCCCACAAGAACUCGAGGAACGAUAUGGCUCUUGGCUCAGUCCUCUAAUGCAGGAAGAUUUUCUCCAUUUUGCUGAAACUUGUUUUGAAAGUUUUGGGGAUCGAGUGAAGUACUGGAUCACAAUCAACGAACCAAACUUAUUUUUAGCAAGCGCUUACAAGGAAGGGACGUUUCCACCAUGUCAUUGUUCAGAGCCUUAUGGCAACUGUUCCGUCGGCAAUUCCAUCAAAGAGCCACUUAUUUCUAUGCACAACAUGUUAUUGGCACAUGCCAAGGCUGCCAAGCUCUAUCGCGAGCAUUUUCAGCCAAAACAGAGAGGAUCCAUUGGAAUAACGGGAAGUGCAUUCAUGUAUGAACCAUUUACAGAUGAUGAUCUUGAUAGGGAAGCUGCAAGUAGGGCCUUGGCUUUUGAUAUAGCCUGGAUUUUUGAUCCCCUACUAUUUGGAGAUUACCCUCCAGAAAUGCGGCGCUAUCAUGGGAACGAAUUACCCAGCUUCUCUACGGAGGAAAGAAAUUUCGUAAAAGGCAGCAUCGACUUCAUUGGCAUUAACCAUUACUCCACUCUAUAUGCCAAGGACUGCAUCCGUUCCGUUUGCGAUUUUCAAGGGAAUGGUCAUGUGAUUGGAUUUUCCUCAGUUAUCGGUGAACGGAAUGGCAUUCCCAUCGGAGAACCGACUGCGAUGGCAGGAUUUUACGUAGUCCCAAGGGGCAUGGAAGAAAUUAUCGACUAUCUCAAGGAAAGAUACCCUAACAAGCCUAUAUUUGUGCUUGAAAAUGGGUAUGCUGAAUUAAGACAAGAUAUACAAGAGCAAGACUCACUGGUUGAUGUCAAGCGAGUUGAAUUUCACAAGGCAUACCUUGCUUCAUUGGCCAGAGCAAUCAGGAAUGGCGCCAACGUGCGUGGCUACUUCAUAUGGACAUUGAUGGAUGAUUUCGAAUGGCUACACGGUUACAACCUUGGAUUCGGACUUUACUACAUCGAUCGGAAAACGCUGCAACGGAUGCCUAAACUUUCUGCAAAGUGGUAUACGGAUUUCCUGACCAACAGUACCAGCCUCGACGAUGAGGAAGUGAUGAGUAGGAGGAGUUCAUUGAUCAGAAGCAGAAAGGUCAAAUUUUCAGGAUUAAAAAUCAAACAAGCAGAAAUGUAAUUAGUUCUCAAGAAUCUCUAUUGUUCCUUUCUGAAGGUAUGCUUAUGUCCACUUCAAGAGAUUUUUGGAGGGGAUUCUGAAAUUGAAGGUUUGACCUUUGGUUGGAUGCUUUAGGGUAAAA